ACCGGAAGUUUGUCGAAAAGGACGGAAGACGAAAAACGUGAUUGAAGAAUGAAAGGCCAGAGAAAGAAAAUGGCGUCUUCUUCAUUACACAGUACUUCACCUUCUUAGUGGAUUUAUGAAAUGAUGACAUGUAUGACCGCUUCCACACAAGAAACAGUGACAUGGAGGACAAAAGCAGUCUGGAAGCUGCAGCUGAAGCAGCUGCUAAAGUGAAUGCCAUGCUCAUUGCAAAGGGAAUGCUCCGACCCAAUCAAAUUCAUUCUGGGACUAAUGUUAUUACUAAAAAGGGAGGUGGUCCAAACAGUCUUGUGGUUGCAGAAGUGGAAAUCAAUAAUUUAACCACCCCAUGCAGGAACACUUUGACUCGUGGCACAACCCAAGAAGAGAUAUCUAAGGCCAGUGGAGCAGCUGUUACAACAAGAGGGCGCUACAUGGUUCCUGAUGAAAAGGCUCGAAAUCCCAGAGACCGAUGUUUGUAUUUGAAUGUUCAAGCUGCUUCUAAAGAAUCUGUUGAUAUUGCGGUGGACAAGAUAAAUGAGAUCAUCAAGAGCAUGUGCGGGAACAAAAAUGACAACCGGGGUCAUGUAGGGCAAUUUGGUAGUGGAGGCAGAAUGCGCCCCCCUCUUCGCAUGAACCACAGGUUUCCAGUUCGGAUCCCACACAAUCAGCCGCCCCCGCCUCUCAUGUCUCUGCCUACCCCUCCACCAUUGCACACUCAGAUGCCACCCCCUCCACAACCAGCUCCUCACACUGUGACAGUCUUACAAGAGAAAUUGUACAUUGGACUGGAACAUGCACCCCCAAAUUUUGACACCAAGAAUAAACUUUUGGGCCCUGGAGGCUCCUUCCUGCAACAUAUCCAGACAGAGACAGGUGCUCAUGUCAGCCUCAGAGGAAAAGGUUCUGGUUUUGGUGACCUUGGUGGUGCAGAUACCAUCGAGCCCAUGCAUGUGCACAUUGAACAUCCAUCCUUGGUGGGUCUUCAGGAGGCGAAGAAGUUGGCAGAAAAUUUGAUACAAACGGUGCAACAAUCAUAUGUCAGUUUCCAGCAGGCGUUAGCAGCCAUGCCGGCGUCUGUGCCCACUGGGCUCAUGACUGGACUGCCCCAGCAGCCAACGUUCCUAGAGCCCCAGCUUGGUCAUGGACAGCCUCCCCUGGCUACCAUUGCUGCAGUGCAAGAGCAGCCCAUGCAAGCCCUCCCGCCUCAAGUUCAGCAAGUGGGACCUCCAACCAUGCUGGUACCAGCUGGGUCAGUGGCUAAUUCUAUGCCUGCAUUACCACAAGCCAUGGCCAACACAGCCCCAGGCCAGCCAAUGGUGAUUCCCCAAAGCCUGAGCUUGACCACCAUGCCCCUUGUGAACAGCAUGCCCGUGUCGGCGGCCUCCAUCAUGCAGCAGCAACCACCACCCAUGGAGUUGGCAGGCCAGCAGCAAGUUCUCCUGAGCCAGCAAGUUUCUGCCCCACCGCCCCAGCAUCUGACCCCAGUGGGCAUGCCUCAGGUGGUCCCCGCACCACAGCCUGUUCAGCAGGCUGUGGCUGCUCCAAUGGCCGCCUACUCCCAUGUGCAGUCGUCUGUCCAGCUGGUCUCACAGGCUGUGUCGAUGGCGCCACCUGGCAUGGUGCAGCAACCCGGGCCGCCCAUAUUGGCUCAAGGUCCACAGCACGGGAUUCUACAAGCUCCACCACCACAGCCUGUACCGUCUAUGUCAGCUCCGACGUCAGUCAUGUACACGGUGGCUUCAUCUAACGCCAGUCUGUAUUACACCACACCUAAGGAAGCGGAUAUGGUGAAGCGCAGGUUUACCGAGGAGAAAGAUGACAAGAUUCCAGAGAAUUUGUUGGGGUACCAGCAUGGCCCCCCUCACCUGGUGAACCUGGUCCGGUCCAGCCCGCCCCCACAGUCAGUCCCAGCUCCCAUCUCCCAGGGCCCACAGCCCCCACCCCCCAUGGCGCCCCAGUUGGUGCAGGGCCCGCCGCCCGGCCUGAUUGUGUCUCACCUACCCCCAGAGCAGGGCCAGUUUGCCCACCACCUGGGCGGUCAGACCAUCAUCCAGCACGCCCCUCAGCCUCUGCUGGCCGGGCCCCCACCCCCAGAGGGACAACAGAUCUUGGGCCCACCUCCCCCCGGCCCGCCUCAGUUCCCGCCAAGUAUGCCCCCACCUCCCCCGCCACACCAGGGCCUGCCUUCGCAUCAUCAAGGACCCCCGCCCCCGCUUCACCAUCAGGGAUUGCCUCCCCCUCCACCCCACCAGGGCCCACCCCUCCCCCACCAGCCGCCCCACCCCCUCCCUCAACAUUUACUGGGACCGCCACCAGCUCUGUCACCAUCACACCAGCCAAGCCAGUCGCCAGGCCUUGAGUCCAGACCCCCAAGUCAUGGACACUGUGUUGUGAGCUCGGCAGCCCUGAUGCCCCCACCACCACCACCUACAGCAGUGACCGCUCAGUCACCUAUAGAUAUGAAGAGAGAUGAGGAGAACAGAAGCAUGCCGCCGCCCAAGUCUCCCGAUGUGCCAUGGGAAAAUAGUGCCAAGAGAAAAGGAUCAAGCCCUCAGCAUGAACCAGAGAAAAAGAAGAUCAGAGGUAUACUAAAGAAUAAACAGCAAGGUGAACCAGCCCAAGAUGGAGAGAAGGAGGAAGAAGCUGAAAACAACCCAGAAGGAGAACAAGAGGAGGAGAAACCCUCUCACCCUGCCUCCCCUCAGUACCAGGGACAGCCACUUCGCUACCCUGCGAUGGCUUCAGACCCGAACCUCCCCCCAACCUCUCAGGAGUCCGGCAUCCCCCACCAGCACCGGCCGCUGCUCUCGGCUGUACCCACUAGUCUGGCCCCCAUGGCUGGCGUUCCCACCAGCCUCCCCCCUGGUCACCACAUUAUGCAACAGAUCGACCCCAGUCUGCCCCCUCAGGUCCACCUGGCCCCACAACACUUGCACCUGGAAGCUCCCCCUAGACUGGAGGGCCCCCCACCAACGCAGAUUGUGGUAGAACACCCCGGUCCCCACGGUGCUCCCAUUCACAUCACUCACCACCGCGUCCCCGCCCCCGCACAGAUACACAUCGAGCACCCAGUGGGGGGUGGGCCCCCGCGGCAGGUCCUCAUGGAGCACCCGCCCCCUCAGGCCAUUCAGAUUGAGCACACGGCACCGCCUUCUCUGCAGCCGCCCGCCGGCCACCCGGAGCACCUCCACCACCACCCCCACGCCCACGUGGCAGGAGCCCAGCCCCCACCCAGCCAGGAGAUGUAUGAGUUUGAGGCAGGCGCCCAGCAAGUUCCCCCAGCCCCUCCGCAGUACCAGAACUUUGAGCAUGUGGCCGUCUCUCAGCCCAACCCGUCGGCCGGUGAGCAACAGCUGCUGGCUCCCCCUGGCUCGGCGGUCAUCGUGUCCAGCACCCAGCCCUUCCCCCAGUACUCGGUGGCCAUCUCCUCGGCUGCCGCGCCUCCCCCUGUAGCGGCAGCGUCGUUUGCACUGCCCACCUCAGCCCCGCCCUUCUCCAUCCACAGCCAGCAC